UCUCCCCCUCUCCGUCUGCAUCUGUCUCGCCUCUACUACAGCUAGCCGGAGGUCCUCCAGGGUCGAAGGUUCUGCCCUGCCUGCUCCGAGUUCCACCCCGUGGCCACUGAAAUUUGCUUUCGUAUGGACCAACAUCUUUAACAGCGAAGAGGGUGACCUCGGGACAUAUCGGUCUCAGAAAGCACAGGAAUUGGUGUGGUUCUGUUGCAGUACUGCUGAGUGGAGUUUUUGGUUCUAAGUGCUGGUUCUGAAGGAUGCCGGCUGUGCGGCACUGUUCAGGAUCCUGGUGAAAUUUCUGAUGUCCAAUCGGAGGAAGGAUGGCUCAUGGAAUGCCGUCUCAAGGCAAAGUGACCAUCUCGGUGGACGAGUACAGCUCGAAUCCCACGCAGGCCUUCACUCAUUACAACAUCAACCAGAGCCGUUUCCAACCUCCACACGUGCACAUGGUUGACCCCAUUCCGUAUGACACUCCCAAGCCAGGGGGCCACACGCGGUUUGUGUGCGUGUCGGAUACACACUCGAGGACAGAUGGCAUCCAGAUGCCAUACGGGGACGUACUGCUUCACACGGGGGACUUCACUGAGCUCGGUCUGCCCUCAGAGGUCAAGAAGUUUAACGACUGGUUAGGUAGUCUGCCAUACGAGUUCAAGGUGGUGAUUGCUGGGAACCAUGAGCUCACCUUCGAUAAGGACUUCAUGGCAGAGCUGGUGAAGCAGGAUUACUAUCGCUUUCCCUCCGUGUCCAAGUUGAAACCCGAAGACUUUGACAAUGUUCAGUCACUUCUCACGAACUGUAUUUACCUGCAAGACUCGGACGUCACUGUUAAGGGCUUUCGAAUAUACGGAACACCCUGGACACCUUGGUUUAAUGGCUGGGGAUUUAACCUGCCCAGGGGCCAGUCUCUGCUUGAUAAGUGGAACCUCAUACCAGAGGGCAUUGAUAUUCUUAUGACCCAUGGGCCUCCCCUUGGGUUUCGGGACUGGGUACCGAAGGAGCUUCAGCGAGUUGGAUGUGUGGAGCUGUUAAACACGGUCCAGAGGCGGGUUCGACCCAAACUCCACGCCUUCGGCGGGAUUCAUGAAGGGUAUGGUAUCAUGACGGACGGCUACACAACGUUCAUUAACGCCUCUACGUGUACGGUCAGUUUUCAGCCCACCAACCCCCCCAUCGUGUUUGACCUCCCCAACCCGACCAGCUCCUGAGAAGCCAGAGGUCACCACG